AUGUCGCCACAGGAGAGUCCUCACGAGCAACAGCAAAGCCUCCUUCUUUCGCGAAUCAUCACGAAUAUUGAGAAAUUGAAUGAGGCUAUUGCAAUGAUGAAUCGGAACUUGCAGGAAGUCAAUGUGCAGAACAUGAACAUUGAGCUCGUUGCGCAGAUGUUCAAAAACUACCAAUCUAAUGUGCUGUUUCAUCUGGAGGCAACGGAGAACCUAAAGGAUCCCAUUUGA